AAGGCGCCUCUCUGUCCCCUCCGCGGAGCUGCUGGGGUCUGCGCUCGGGUUCUGCGCUCUUGCCGCGUUCCACUCCGCAGGUCCGCGCUGCCACGCGCUGCAGGUUCUGGUUCCCUCCUCUCUGCGGCCCGCUGCCGGGAUGCCGGGCAUCUCCGCCAGGGGCCUCUCUCACGAGGAGAGGAGACAGCUGGCCGUGAACCUCACCCGUGUCCUGGCGCUCUACCGCUCCAUCCUGGACGCCUACAUCAUCGAGUUUUUCACAGACGACCUGUGGGGCACCCUCCCUGGCUCAUGGCAGGAAGCGCUGGAUGGACUGACCCCCCCGCAGCUCGCCACCAUGCUGUUGGGGACGCCGGGAGAUGGGACAUUGGUCAGGUACAGGUCGGUGUGGCCACUCACCCUACUGGCCCUGAAGGCCACAGCCAGUGCCCUGGCCUUCACCCGGACCCCUGGGUUUCACACCCCGUCUGAGUUCCAGGAGAACCCCAGCCAGAGCUCCCGCCUGACGGCGCCGUUCCGGAAGCAUGUGAGGCCCAAGAAGCAGCAUGAGAUCCGGAGGCUGGGGGAGUUGGUAAAGAAACUGAGCGACCUUGCAGGCUGCACACAGAUCGUGGAUGUAGGUUCAGGCCAGGGCCACCUCUCCCGAUUCAUGGCCUUGGGGCUGGGGCUGGUGGUGAAAAGCAUUGAAGGCGACCAGAGACUGGUGGAGAGAGCCCAGCGCCUGGACCAGGAGCUCCUGCAGGCGCUGCAGAAAGAGGAGAAAAGGAAGCCACAGGCGGGCCCCGCUGGCCCUCGCCUCUGCCCCCACCAUGUGGUCAGGUGGGUGGACCCCACGGCUCUGUGUGAGGAGGUUCUGCAGCCACUGGAAAAUCCCCCGCCGAGUGGGGCCCGCUUGCUGCUGACGGGUCUCCAUGCCUGCGGGGACCUGAGCGUGGCCUUGCUCCGGCACUUCUCCUGUUGCCGGGAGGUGGUGGCCCUGGCCUCCGUGGGCUGCUGCUACAUGAAGCUGAGUGAGCCUGGCGGCUACCCGCUGAGCCAGUGGGUGGCGGGCUUGCCUGGCUCUGAGCUGCCCUACCGCCUGCGGGAGGGGGCGUGCCACGCCCUGGAGGAGUACACCGAGCGGCUGCAGAGGGCAGGCCCUGGACUGCGGACCCACUGCUAUCGGGCAGCCCUGGAGAUGGUCAUCCGGCAGGCCCGACCUGAGCUUCGGCGGCCUGGCGUCCAGGGAAUCCCCAGGGUCCACGAGCUCAAGAUUGAAGAAUACGUGCAGCAGGGGCUACAGCGGGUGGGGCUGGAUCCCCAGCUGCCACUGAGUCUGGCCACCCUUCAGGCCCACCAGGCCCAGGAGAACCGAGUGGUAGCCUUCUUCAGCCUGGCCCUGCUGCUGGCCCCGCUGGUGGAGACGCUUAUCCUGCUGGACCGGCUGCUGUACCUUCAGGAACAGGGCUUCUACGCUGAGCUCCUGCCCAUCUUCAGCCCGGAACUCUCUCCUAGAAACCUGGUUCUGGUGGCCACCAAGAGGCCACUGGGCCAGGCAUUCUCUGUCCUGGAGACUGAAGACAACUAACAUGGUCCGAAGAAGGCACAUCUCGGUCGCCUGUGAAACCAGCCUGGCCCCAUGGUGGGCAGAGUGGGCGCCACCUCCCUGGACACUGCUUGCACUCGGCCUUCAGCUCCGUGUCGUUUCUCCUUCAUGUGUUCUUUGAUGUAAAGUAUUUUAAUUUAUUAAAGAGGGUAGUUGUUU